GUGUCGUAGAAACUGCAAAAACACAAACACCAUGUCAAAGUCAAAAAUUCCGCAAGUCUAGAAACAUUUUUAUUUCUAGUCCACUUUGCUUAAAUAGUCAUGAAGUUGUCAUCUAUAAAAGUACCAAGAAGCUACGUUGUUAUCAGCAGUCUUGGGGCAGGCUUUGGCGGAAUUGUUCUUUUAAAGGAUUAUUUGGGAGGCAAAAAGUUUGAUGAUGACAACCAAGAUAUGUAUGGGAAGAGUGUUAUUGUCACUGGGGCAAACUCUGGCAUUGGCAAGCAGACAGCAAGACUCUUGUCAAAGAAAGGGGCUCGUGUGAUUAUGGCAUGUAGAAACAUUGACGCAUGUACAGCUGCCAGGGAAGAGAUUUACGAUGAAACAAUCAACCCAAGCCUUGAGUGCCGAGAACUCAACCUUGCAUCCUCUCAGUCUAUACGCAAGUUUGUGGAUCAAAUUAAGAGAGAGAAAAGAAAUGUUGAUGUUUUAAUCAACAAUGCUGGAACCAUGUGUGGGCCCCGUGACACAACUAAUGAUGGUUUUGAGUGGCAGCUCGGAGUUAACUAUUUAGGACCAUUUCUACUGACAUUACUCUUACUGGACAAAUUGAAGGCAUCACCCCAAGGAAGAAUUAUUAAUGUUGUGAGUCCAUUUUUCAAGAAGAGUGAAAUAAACUUUGAUGAUCUGAACAGUGUGGAAACCUACCAGCCCAAGAUAGCGUAUGGGCAGAGUAAGCUGGCCCUAGUGUUGUUCUCUCAAGAGCUAGCAAGAAGGCUAGAAGGAACCAAAGUGACAGUGAACUGUGUGAACCCAGGCGUAUGUAAGACAAGCAUCAGUCGCCACCUGCCCGUGUCCCAGUCCAUGCUGGGCGGGCUCGUUACACCUAUCCUCUGGGUGUUUUGCAAGAGUGCUUUCCAGGGUGCCCAGACACCCGUCUUCCUGGCUGUGGACACGUCACUGGAUAAAACGACUGGCAAAUACUUCAGUGAUAUGAAGGAAGAUAAGUUGAGUGAGAAUGCCUUGGAUGAGAAAGUGGCACAGAGACUAUGGAUGAUCAGUGAGAAGUGGACAAAGCUGAACACCUCUUUAUGACAUUAUUUUUUGUUUAAUCUGUUAAAUAUUUUAUGUAAUAAAUCAAUCCAUUAAAUGUA